AUGUCAUCGGGAGAUCCACCUCGACCACCCCCAGUUGACAAGGGGAAAGGUAUUGCAAAAACAAGAAAUAGACGUAAUAAUUAUAUGCUUCGGAUUCCAGUCAGACCCAUCACCCCUACCCCGGGCUUACAUAUGCCAUCCUUAUCUUCCCCACCUCCACCUACAGGGUUACAUAACCCAACAUCUAUCCCGGCGAUUCAUAUGUCAUCCUCGUCUUCUCAACCUCCGCCCACAGGGUUGCAUACCCCUAUUGUUGCUCCCAGGCCCCCUUCUGUACCACCCUUCCAUAUACCAUCCUCAUCUUCCUCAGCUCCACACACUGGGAUACAUACCCCUUCCACAGACAUUGGAGCAUCCCCAUCACCUCAUAAUGUACCAUCCCCAGCCUCCAUUGGUGGCCCAUCUUUUGCCGUUGGUCAGCAGUCUGCACCAUCCCCAGUUGCAGGUGAUAUAGUUGCCCCACAGCCUAUGGUUGAUAAUGAUUUAGAUGCAGAACCUGACCAUCCUCUGUUUGUUCCAUCUAGAGUUGCUUCACAGGCUAUCACAAAGACAAUCAAGCAACAAUUGCUUAAUCCUUGGCCAUCAUGGGGAUCAAUACCUGAAAAAGACAAGGAAAUUUUCUGGCAACGUUUCAAGAGGAGAGUUCAGUGGGCACCAGAGCAUGAAAUUGCCAUUAAGAGAAAUUUCAACAGCAGAGCUUCCCAUCGUCUAUCUGAGUUGUUUAGAGAUGCUAGAACGGCUAGAGAAAGGCCAAAAUGGAUUCCUAAUGAUGCACGUGAGUUGGGACGCCAUGUGUUUCUUGAUGAAGUCUUUCAACAGACACAUAUCCGGAAGGGUACUGGCGAGUAUGUGGAUCAGAGGUCUAGGAAGACAAAUGAAGAAUUUCAGACUAGGCUUUCUCAAGUUAGAUCUGAGGUUUCCUCAUGUGCUGAUGGAACACAAGAGCAGUCCUCUGUUGAUCCUACACAGGACGAGAAUAUCAGGACUAGGUGUCCAAAUGAAAGCUUGAACCAAGUACCACCUUCUUCCUCUUCUAAUACUGAGGACCUCACUAAUAUUAGGCAGCAACUGUCACGUAGCCUAGAGGAAAAUGAGCAAUUAAGGUCUGAGUUUCAAUCCUUUCAGUCACCAGUCCUACAAUAUCUCCCUCUUGAUGCUCAAGCUCGUCUUCAGCAGCCACAACCACGACAGCCAAACCUUACUCAACCAAACUUUGAAAUCCCUACACCCCAUUUUCAGUAA